GAGAAUCGAAUGUUUAUACAUUGGGAACAAUCGGUGCUCAUCGAGUUGUCACUACUAAACUACCUUCCGUGGGCCGUACCAGAGAAGCAAUGACUGCAGCCGGCAAUACCACUACAAGACUUCUUGGAAUCUUUCAAAAGGUCGAAUACGUUUUCCUAGUCGGCGUGGGCGGAGGAGUACCUCACUAUACGGAUUAUUCGAAACAUGUGCGUCUAGGUGACGUGGUUGUUUCCACGCCGGCGCCAGACUUGCCAGACAAAUACGUAUACGUUUUCUGUGAAAAAGCCGAGAAGAACGCCAAAGGGGGUUGGGAUUUCGAAGUGAAGCCAUACAAACCAGUUAAUUUCUUAUUGCAAGAUAUCGCUGUGCGUCUCACCAAGUCAAAGGCCUCAUGGGAUUUGUACGUCAAAGAAGGACUCGAUCGUCUCAGAGGAGUCCCGGGACGAUGGGAGCCCCCGGAGAGCAACACCGACAGGUUGUGCGUCGAAGUCGGCAAUGGAGCUUACAUUGAAGUAUCACAUCCAGCGCCACAAGGAGAUCAAACUGACACGCGGGACGGGUUGCGCGUGACGUGCGCGCCCGUGGCGGGCGGGCGCGUGGUAUCGGCGGCGGGCGAGGGGCGGGCCGCCUUCGCCGCCCACACGCGCGCGCUCGCCUACGACUGCGAGCUCGACGCCGUGCUCGACAGCGUCGUCGGCAACUGCAAGGACUGCUUCAUAUCGCUGCGAGGUAUAUCGGACUAUCGCGACGGCACCCGUGGGAAGGACUGGCAGCCCCACGCUGCACUAUGCGCUGCUGCAGUCAUGAAAGCCAUAAUCUGCGCAAUAGACCCACCUCCUUCUGAAUAAUUUUCUCAUCAAACAACUAGAAAUCACAAAAUAAAUUACCACACAAUAUCUUACGCUAUAUUCUAAAUAACGUGUUCAGAGUUAUUCUCAAGAUAUAGAUGAACGAAAUCUUAAACUUAUUUAAAAUUAACUCGUUAUUAACUACAUACCUUCAACGAUUAUUUAUUUACAAUUUUCAGUCUCAUGUUAAAUAUUUUAGAAUACAGAUAACAAAAAAAUGUGCUUCAUACAGAUUUACUAAAGCCACCUCUAUACCAACAAACGUUUCUUUGUAAAUUUGUUCUCUUAGGCAUUUCUAAAUCGUUGAUGUGAUUUUAAGUGAAAUUGA